AUGGAACUAUAUGUUUUUAAGGAGUGCAAUUAUUCUAGUGUCCCCAUUGCGAUACGAACGGAUGCUGUUUCAGUUUCGGCCUUUUCAGUGCCUCCUCGUACUAUCAUCUUCUCUCGACAGUCGCAAUUUUACUUAAUUGGUCCCAUCAACGUCGACCUCCAAGAGUUCCAAGUGUUCCAAGAAAAUCCCGGUAAGCCGCACUGA